GGGACGCAGGUUGGGGGCCUCGGUCCGCAGGCCGUGCACGUGGGCGCUGUUCCCCAGCGCAGCAGCAAGCGGCGCUGGCCUCCCGCGGACCCAGCUUGUGCCGAGCCGGGGCGGCAGGAGGAGCCCAGCGCGGUCACCGCCUCUUUGAGCCACAGGCUCCUCCUCUCUCUUGGGCUCCCUCCCACCCAGUCCGUAGCUCUCGGCCCAGCAGAGUCGGGCGGCUUGUCUGGCCCGGGGGAGGCUGAGCGCGACCCGAGCGAGCCGCGGCGCCCCCUGACCAGGGACAAGCACGACCCCGGGGAUCCCACUCUGCCGCGGUCUCCUCCCGGAUCGUCGCGGGGGCGCUCUGGCCUUUAGCCGCGAUUUAGCCGGGCUGCGAUUCUCCUCCUCUUCCUCCUGGAGAGGAAGGAGCCGAGAAAGCCGAGCGGCUGCUCGGGAAGAGAGUGAGCCGAGGCCCCGGCCCCGAGGCUCGGCGCUACAGGAGGCGGAGGCGGAGGGAAGUGCGCGUCACUCCUGGGAGGAGAGUAUUUCACCUCCUGGCAGAGACUGGAGCUGCCAGUUGCAUAAAAGCAGCAGGGGCUCCCUGGCUAUGGAGAAGAGAUCCGGACUCUGGGGCGCCAGGAGCUCGGCUCCGUCUCUCCCGACCGCUGUGUAGUCACCUGAGUUAACCGACGCUAAGCAGGGGAAGGGAAGUGACAGUGUAUCAUGUAUGCCACUGAUUCCAGGGGACACUCCCCUGCUUUCCUACAACCUCAGAAUGGGAACAGCCACCGCCCGUCUAGUUAUGUUCCAGGGAAGGUUGUCCCGCUGCAUCCCCCUCCUCCUCCAAAGAGCCAAGCUUCAGCCAAAUUUACCUCCAUCAGAGAAGAAGCCCAGGCAAACUUUGCAUUCUCACCUGGAGAACGGCAAGCCCGGAGAGAAAACCGAAAGCAGAAAAGACACAAGAAUACUUUCAUUUGCUUUGCUAUUACUAGUUUUUCGUUUUUUGUUGCACUUGCAGUCAUUUUAGGAAUAUCCUCAAAAUAUGCUCCAGAUGAGAAUUGCCCAGAUCAAAACCCACGUCUCAGGAACUGGGAUCCAGGACAAGAUUCUGCAAAACAAGUUGUUAUCAAGGAGGGAGAUAUGUUCCGUCUGACCUCAGAUGUCACAGUGAAUUCCAUAGUCAUUCAGGAUGGAGGACUGCUGGUAUUUGGGGAUGACAAAGAUGGAUCCAGAAAUAUUACUUUGAGGACUCGUUACAUCCUUAUCAAGGAUGGUGGGGCGCUUCAUAUUGGAGCAGAAAAAUGCCGCUAUAAAUCCAAAGCAACAAUUGCCUUGUAUGGCAAGUCGGAUGAAGGUGAAAGUAUGCCAACAUUUGGCAAAAAAUUUAUUGGUGUGGCAGCUGGUGGGACACUGGAGUUACACGGGACACGGAAGACAUCGUGGACGUUAUUGGCCAGGACUCUGCACUCCUCGGGCCUGGUGUUUGGGGCCUAUGCCUUUGAAAAGAACUUUUCAAGGGGCCUCAACGUGAGGGUCAUCGACCAAGACACGGCCCAAGUUUUGGAAAGUGUGAGGUUUGAUACCCAUGAGUACCACAACGAGAGUAGGCGACUUGAGGAACUUCUGAGAAUCCAGGACCCAGGACGGAUUGUUGCUAUCGCUGUUGGAGAUUCAGCAGCCAAAAGUCUCUUACAAGGAACCAUAGAGAUGAUCCAGGACCGGUUGGGAAGUAACCUGAUCAAAGGACUGAGCUACAGGCAAGCUUGGGCUUUAGUUGGUGUCAUUGAUGGUGGAAGUACAUCUUGCAAUGAAUCUUUGAGAAACUAUGAAAAUCAUAGUAGUGGAGGAAAGGCUCUUGCCCAAAGAGAAUUUUAUACUGUGGAUGGUCAGAAGUUUGCUGUAACAGCUUAUAGUGAGUGGAUUGAAGGUGUUUCUCUUUCAGGUUUCCGGGUGGAGGUUGUGGAUGGAGUGAAGCUUCAUCUGCUGGAUGAUGUUAGUAGCUGGAAACCCGGAGACCAGAUUGUGGUCGCAAGCACAGACUAUUCUAUGUACCAAGCAGAGGAGUUUACUCUUCUCCCUUGUCUUGAUUGCAGCCAUUUUCAGGUCAAAGUCAAAGAAACCCCCCAGUUCCUGCACAUGGGGGAAAUUGUAGAUGGUGUAGACAUGAGAGCUGAGGUUGGAAUUCUCACCCGGAAUGUUGUGAUCCGAGGAGAAAUGGAGGACUCAUGCUAUGCUGAAAACCAGUGCCAGUUCUUCGAUUAUGAUACCUUUGGGGGACAUGUUUUGAUAAAGAAAAAUUUCACUGCAGUCCAUCUUUCUUAUGUGGAACUGAAACACAUGGGUCAGCAGCAGCUGGGACGGUAUCCUGUUCAUUUUCACCUGUGUGGAGAUGUGGAUUAUAAAGGAGGGUAUAGACAUGCAACAUUUGUAGAUGGCCUUUCAGUCCAUCACAGCUUCUCAAGGUGCAUCACUGUGCAUGGGACAAAUGGCUUGCUGAUAAAAGACACCAUUGGAUUUGACGCACUAGGUCAUUGUUUCUUUCUGGAAGACGGUAUUGAACAGAGAAAUACUUUGUUCCACAAUCUUGGACUCCUCACCAAGCCGGGCACCCUCCUUCCCACCGACAGGAAUAACUCCAUGUGUACCACCAUGCGAGAGAAAGUAUUUGGAAACUAUAUCCCCGUGCCUGCCACUGACUGUAUGGCUGUUUCAACUUUCUGGAUCGCUCAUCCCAACAAUCAUUUGAUUAACAACGCAGCUGCGGGCUCCCAGGAUGCUGGAAUAUGGUAUUUAUUUCACAAGGAACCUACUGGGGAAUCCAGUGGAUUGCAGCUUUUAGCAAAACCAGAACUUACCCCAUUGGGUAUAUUUUAUAACAACAGGGUCCAUUCGAGUUUUAAGGCUGGCUUAUUUAUUGACAAAGGUGUCAAAACAACCAAUGCUAGUGCUGCUGACCCAAGAGAAUACCUCUGUUUGGAUAACAGUGCAAGGUUUCAGCCUCAUCAGGAUUCAGACCCGGAAAAGCCACGUGUUGCUGCUCUAAUCGACAGGCUCAUUGCUUUUAAAAAUAAUGAUAAUGGAGCUUGGGUCAGAGGAGGAGACAUUAUCGUUCAGAAUUCAGCAUUUGCAGAUAAUGGGAUAGGACUGACCUUUGCAAGUGAUGGAAGCUUCCCAAGUGAUGAAGGGUCCAGCCAGGAGGUAUCUGAAUCUCUCUUUGUUGGGGAGAGCAGAAAUUAUGGCUUUCAGGGUGGUCAGAACAAGUAUGUGGGUACUGGAGGAAUAGACCAGAAGCCUCGGACUUUACCUAGGAACAGGACAUUCCCAAUCAGAGGCUUUCAGAUAUACGAUGGGCCCAUUCAUCUCACCAGGAGCACUUUCAAAAAAUAUGUGCCAACUCCAGACAGGUACACCAGUGCCAUUGGCUUCCUCAUGAAGAAUUCUUGGCAGAUAACGCCCAGGAAUAACAUCUCCCUUGUGAAGUUUGGUCCACAUGUCUCUCUGAAUGUCUUCUUUGGAAAGCCCGGUCCGUGGUUUGAAGAUUGUGAGCUGGAUGGUGAUAAGAACUCCAUAUUCCAUGACGUUGAUGGCUCUGUGACAGGAUACAAGGACGCCUAUGUGGGAAGACUUGACAACUACCUAAUCCGCCAUCCAAACUGUGUUAAUGUAACCAAAUGGAAUGCAGUGGUCUGCAGCGGGGCCUAUGCCCAGGUGUAUGUGCAGACACAGAGCACUCAGAACCUGACCAUGACCAUCACGCGAGACGAGUAUCCAUCCCACCCCAUGGUUCUCCGGGGCAUUAACCAGAAGGCUGCCUUUCCCAAGUACCAGCCGGUCAUCAUGCUGGAGAAGGGCUACACCAUCCACUGGAAUGGACCCGCGCCGCGGACGACUUUUCUAUACCUCAUAAACUUCAAUAAGAAUGACUGGAUUCGAGUUGGCCUCUGCUACCCAUCAGAUGCAAGUUUUCAGAUUAUCUCUGGCUUCUUUCUGCGGCAAAAUAGCUCAUUAAUCAAAAAGGAAGACUACGAGCCAGUACAUUCAAUGGAAGAACUGCAGAGAAAGCAGUCUGAGAGGAAAUUCUAUUUUGACUCCAACACAGGAUUGCUGUUUUUGUAUCUCAAAGCUACAAGCCACAGGGAUGGCCACAGUUACUGCUCAUCUGAGGGAUGCGAAAGGAUCAAGAUCCAGGCAACAUCAAACUCCAAAGACAUCAGUAAUUGCAUGGCCAAAGCGUACCCACAGUAUUACAGAAGGCCGUCGGCCAUCAAGCGAAUGCCUGCCAUGCUCACUGGCCUCUGUCGAGGCUGCGGCACCAGUCAGGUGGUGUUUACUAGUGAUCCUCAUAGAAGCUACCUCCCCGUGCAAGUCCAGUCACCCAGUAAAGUGGACACUCAGCGUGGAGAGCCAUCUGUUAUCUCUGUCAAUGGCACAGACUUUACCUUCCGGAGCACAGGAGUCCACCUCCUCAUUGUGGAUGCAUGUAGUGUUCCAUUCUGGUUGACGGGAAAAAAGUUUUUCCCUCUUGAAGAUGUUAGUCGCAUGGGAGAGUAUUUAAAAACAGGGAUUCCUCCAAGGUCAAUUGUUCUGUUGAGCACAAGAGGAGAAAUAAAGCAGUUGAAUAUUUCAGAUUCAUUAGUACCUCUGGGAUUAGCCAAACCAGCUCAUCUUUAUAACAAAGGGAGUACCGUAUUUUUGGGAUUCAGAGGAGACUCUAAACCUUCAUGGACUAAGCUCUUUACCAGUCCUGCUGGACAGGGCCUUGGACUGCUUGAACAGUUCAUACCUUUGCAGCUGGAUGAGUAUGGCUGCCGCAGCAUCGACACCAUCCGCAGACGAGACCUAGAAUUCUUAAAGCAAGCUUCAAAAGCACAUUAGAGACUUAACUGUAACUUAAGUGCUGAAAAAAAAAAUGUGAACUAACUUAUUUAAUUUAUGGCAUUUCAGAGUGACACUGUUAACCCAAUGGAACCAUUUUCCUGUUUGAUACAGAAAGGGGGAAAAAAAGAGUUUAACGUGAUUGCUUGAAUACCAGCUCACGCACCUUCUAGUUGUACAAAAUGUUAAAGAAUUUAUUUGUGUUUCUAAGGCUGGCGUAUUCAGAGAGCAGCUCUCUCAUUGCCUCCUUCUACCCCAGUGUUCUGUAGUAACUGUAAGCAGUGUUCUACUUUUUCUGUAAGGGGGACAUGGUAGGGUAGAGGGCUUCGGAGAGUCAGCCUGAGCUCUUUAGAGGUUCAGCUAUUGUAGCACCUUGGAUACUUGAAGUCUAUGCUCAGUCCUGUCAUGUGGCAGUUGACUUGGGUGGCUGAUAAGUUCUGUGAUGCCUUGGGCCCUGUUUUUGGGCAGCCUUUGAGGAUUUUGUAUGAUAUUGAGUGACAGUUUUAAAUGGCAACUCAGGCCCCAGCGCAUGCCUUUUUUGCCUGGACAUGUGCUAUUUUUAUUCAUUUGUAUAUUGAUUACUUCUAAGUGUUCAACUUUCAAAACAGCAGAGUAAAUUGGGACAAAAGGGCUUUAGGAUUUAGGAAUCCUGUUAACCCAUGACCAUUGGGAAAAACUUUGAGUUGCACCAAGGUUUAAGAUGGUUUUUGCAGCUUUAAUCUUUAGCCUGUUCUGACUGUAUAUUUGUGUUUAAAAUGUGGAGCUGAGAUGAAUAUUUACAUUUUUUUUUUUUUUUAAAAGAAGCUGUCCCUUUUCCUGAACUGUAAUCUUAUCUCGUUUCAGAUUGUACAGAGGAAGUCUGUUCUUGGGUGCUCCUGCACUGGGUUUUUUGUUGUUUUUGAGUAUAGUUUUUUUUUUUUUUUUUUUUUUCCUGCUCACAGUUCUGCUAGGAAAAUUGCGGAAAGCUCAAUGAUACCCCAAAAUGAUUGUGCCCAGGGGGUAAAAAGGGGAGGAGAGCCUUUUAAGAAAGAAUCAUUGUGUGUGUGUGUGUGGGGGGGGGGGUGUUCAGAAAGGAACUUAAUAGCCUUAGAGGAAUGGGUCACUCCUAAUUAAUUAACUUAUUAGAGCCAAUAAUUAAAAGGUGCCAUCAUACUGUCUUUCCCUCUCCCACUGAGGGUAUGACUCUCCUGCCAGGCAGAUUGCACAUGGCAAAAGGGGACUGAUCCUACAGACUGAGAUGUCAAUGGUCCAAGAGGAAAGAAGCAUCAGAACGUCAUUGUUUUUCUAAAUCCACAAUGCAUGAAACACAGUGAAGGGUUGGCCAAGGAGGGACUGUAGGAAGCGUGUUCAGGAUGAGACUGGCAGUGAGUACACACAAAUUCACUGUCCUCUACCAAGGGCAAAGGCUGAUGGCCUGUUCCUUUGAGUCCAGGAGACACUGCAGAGCAGCUCUGUGACUUCUGUUACUUUACAAAAUAUGCUACCUCAAAGUGCUACCAAUCAACCUUUCUAAGUAUAAGUGUUCUUGCUGAGGGCACAUGUCUUCAUCAAAGUUUAGGGUUUUCUUUCUUUUGUAUAUUGAUGAGUGAAGCCUCAUCUAUUAAAUAUACUUUUGGAUCAUGGUUCCUGAAGGUGAUUAAAGUUUGUGUGUGGUUUUAUGACAAAUAGCUUUUAUGUGUGUGUGUUUUUUAAAGUUUUGUUCUUUCAAGAUUUGGGAGGAGAUGUAAGUUCCAAGGCACUAGUUUUUUUCUGAUCUGUAUACUAAUAAUCAGGGCCUAAGUUAAAUAAAUAAAAAUAUGUGUGCGUGUAUUUUA